AUGGACGACGCAGAAGACCUCGAAGCCGAGUUGCAGCGGCAGCUGCUGGCGAUGAUCAUUGACGACGACGACGACGACGAGGAUGAUGAUGAUGCCAAUCGACCAGCGUACGAGCGCAAGUCGAUCGACGAGCUCCUUGCGAGCGUGCAAGACGAGACGCAUCGAGCCAGUACGACCACGGUAUCGUGGACGGCGUUUGCAGAGGCGACAAGGGCCGCCGACGUGGCACUGCUCUCGGCCGUCGAGACAGACCUCGCCGACUUGGACUUGUACGACGUCCAUACCGCCAUGCAAGUCGACCAGCGGCAGGUAGCAACCACGCCUCUCCUCCCACCAACGCCACGGUCUGACGUGAGAGCGCUGGCCCCCGACGCGAUAGCCUUGACAUCGACGACCGACGCCGACGUCGUGAGCUACUGCCACGCGCAUUGCGAGCCAUCAUGCGCAGCCGUGUGUACAACCCACUGCGCGCCCGUCACGUGUCCCUAUUACUCGAGUAGCGUCGCCGCCGCCGAGGCCCGGCACGCAGCCUCGGCGGCGGAAGACGAGGUCUUCCUGGCGCUCUCCCAGCAGUCGGUCCAGGCCAUCGCGAUUGCGGCACGGGUGCCCACGGAUGCCCGUCUCCCUACAACCACCGUCGACACAGAUUCCGUCGUUGGCAGUCCGACGAUGGCUCUCAACUACGAGGCUCGCUGCGACGCCAUCGAGCGCAAGCACCGCGAGCGCGUCGCGGCCAUGGAAGCCGAGCGAGCCGCGGCCGACGCCGCGUACGAAGCCCAGCAGCGCGAGCUCCAACGCGAGAUAUCCUUUUCUUCCAUUUUCCAGCGACAUGCUGUCGCACGCCAUCGCCGCGGAGAGCCGACGCCUCGCCAAGCAGCGUCGCCUCGAGCGCGGCAGCGCGCCGAAGACGCUCUCCGCGCCGAGCAAGCGGCGCACGACCGUCGUCUCGCCGACGAGGCGCGCCGUCUCGACGAAGAGCACCGAGCGUUCCGGGAAGACUGCCGCAGCCGCGCGGUGGAGAUCGCGCUCGCACGCGACGAGCGCCUCGCCAGGGAGAAUGCCCGCGCGUGCGACGAGCGCUCGGCCAUGCGCGCCGAAGACGCUGCGUCGCUGGCCGUCGCGCAAGCGCUCGCUGCACUGGCGGCUUGGACGCGAAACGUGGACCGCACGCGGAUCGAAGAGCGUGCGAUGGCCGCCGCCGAAGCCAGCGAGCGAGCCCGAGAGGCGGCGAUCGCCGAGGCCGACAGGAUAGAACGCGAGCGAGAGCGGCGCGAAGCGUUGCGGCGAGAACGCAUCGAGGACGAGGCGCGUCGCGAGGCUGUCAUCAAGGCGGUGCUCGCCCAAGAAGCCGCGAUGCGGGAUGCGCUCAAAAAGCAAGCGCUGGCAAAAGAAGAGGCGGACCGACGCUUGUUGGAGCAGCGGGAGGAAGACCGCCGGCGCAAACGCCUCGCCGACGAGCAGCGCCAACGCGCCACCUUGGAGCGCAUCGAGGCAGCGCAGCGUGACGCUGAAGCCCGCGACGCAGCGGACAAAGAACGCCACCGCCUCGCUCAGAUGCGCGAGAAAGAGCUCCAGCGCCAGCAGGAGGAAGCGCGGAUGCAGCGUGAGGCAGCCGCUGUCGCCCAGCGGCGCGAGACACGCGAGCAAGCUUGCAUGGAGCGAGUGGAUCGCGAGGCCCAAGCGCGCGAGGCGGCGGACAGAGAUUACGCGGCCCGCCUCGCGCGCUAUCGACGCGAGACCCACGCGAGCGUCUUGCGGGACCUUGUCGUGUGGGUUCAGGCGCGCGAACAUGAAGUGCGCCAGCGCCACCUGUCGGGGUACCUCAUGGGCCUCGAAGACCGGCGGUCGUUCUUGCUCCGAAAGCGGUCUCGCGUCGACGCCUACGCCGGCGCGAUCCUCGGGGUGGCCCACGCCUCGCGUGCUCGCUGGUGGCGUGGGUGGGUCCACAUGCACAUUGAGCGACGGGCGGCAAGGUGCCUCCAACGCUGCUGGCGCCAGCUGCAGGAGCGUCGUCGCCACGCCUAUGCCGCCGCCCGCGUCCAGUCUGCGUUCCGAGGCUUCCACCUCCGGCGCAAGCUCGCGUCCGCCCUCGAGCUUGCCAAGUUUGUCGACAAUGACGACUUUGAGUACGACCAAGUCGACGUCGAUGCGUUCCUUGGGCCUGUGGACGCUCUCGACCUCGACGACGAGCCGCCACCAAUGCCCCGCGUGGGCUGGGAAGCCACGCCCGAGACAGAGACAGAGCCUAUCGAAGAGACCAGCGACGUCGUCUUGGCCGACGCCUCCAAUGCCGUCAUCAACAACACCCAUCGAGCGGAAAAUGAGGAGGAAGAUGAAGCGCCUCCGAUGCAGGCGCCGCCCGAAAGCACAGCGUCCAAGCUCUACCAGCGCAUGCAGAAAGCGGUCAAGAUGCACCGCCCCAAGCCCGCCCGCAAGCCGCCGCCAAAAAAGGAUCGAGUCGACGACGCAUCCACGAGCGUCACGUGGUCGACGAGCGGCAAGAAGGCCAAGAAGGUCAACGUGCCGUCGCUCGUCGAGCGACUGCGGCGCACGACCGCGGCCUCCCGAUAG